AUGCCGUCUUGCCGCCUUGCCGUGCUUGCCCUGCUGUUGGCUGGUGUGGCACGCGCCGACGUCGUCUGUGCGCCCAUCCCUUCACCGUUUCCCACCUACCAACAACUCCCGGACCAGCCUACGCUGCCCGACCCAUUCUUGCCGCUGGCAUACACCACCAUCGACAGCGAGGGCUUCUCGUUGCCGGACGUCCUCGGCGGCAAGGGUCGGCACCGCGUCCAAACGCCCGAGGAGUGGUACAAGUGCCGCCAGCCCGAGAUUUUGCAGCUGCUCCAGCACUACCAGUACGGCGUCUACCCGGACCACGCGCAGGAAACCGUGACGGCCACGCGGUCGGGCACGACGGUCCGUAUUUCGGUGACGGCCGGUGGCAAGACGGGCCAGUUCAAGGCCACGCUCGCGCUUCCGACGGGCGCCGCCUCGUCCAAGCCGGCCCCGGUCAUCAUCAACAUCGGCGGCAUGCAGAGCGCGCCGUACCUGGCGGCCGGCAUUGCCGUCGUCGGCUUCGACUACACGAGCGUCGCGGCCGACAGCAGCAGCCAGACGGGCGCCUUCUGGGACGUCUACAAGGGCCGCGACAUUGGCGUCCUGACGGCCUGGGCGUGGGGGUUCCACCGCACGCUGGACGCGCUGAACCAGACGGUGCCGGAAAUCGACCCGACGCGCGUCGGCGUCACGGGCUGCUCGCGUCUCGGCAAAGGCGCCCUGGCCGCGGGCCUCUUGGACACCCGCAUCACGCUCACGAUGCCCAUGUCCUCGGGCGUCCAGGGCAUGGGGCCCUACCGCUACCACGCCAUGAGCGGCCAGGACGAGACGCUCGAGAACAGCAAGGCCGGCGCCGGCUGGUGGAGCGACGCGGCGCUGGGCACAUUUGUCCACCACGCCGAAAACCUGCCCUACGACGCCCACACCAUCGGCGCGGCCCUGGCGCCGCGCGCGCUCGUCAUCGACCAGGGCACGGGCGACCAGUUCACCAACAGCAAGGCCACGGCAGUUGUCGUCUACCCGGCCGCCAAGGCGGUGUACGACUGGCUGGGCGUCGGCGACAGGAUCGGCAUGAGCGUGCGCAGCGGCGGGCACUGCGACAUGAGCGGGUUCACGGCCGUGCUGCCGUUUGUCAAGACGAUUUUCUUCAACGCGACGCCGACGCACGACUACAAUAAUCUGGGAAUGUACGGGUCGCCGAUGACGAGGACCUUUCCGUGGGCGACGGCCAUUCCGAAAGUGUAG